AUGGCGGCUGUCACUGCCAAUUCAAUGGCUCAUCAGAUACCUCCAAUGUCCAUCCCUACCAUGCCACGCAUACGCCCUCCUAGAAUGUUAAAAGGAGAACCUCACCCUAAUCAAGCUCUUCAACCAACGAUCGUACCCAAAAAAGCCAAUAUAAAAUGGGUUCAGGGCAAAUGGCGGGCGGGAGGAUCCAAUGCGGCCAAGAAUAAAGCAGCCACGCAAGACAUUCAAGUUGCAAAGGCGCUCCGACAUCAGAACCACGGUCUAGAUAUCUAUGCCUACCGUCAUAUUCGAACUAAUCAAGUUGUGUACAGCCUGACGAGGACUUUGCAGGAAACAAAAAUCCUCAAGCAGCUGCUUUACCACGGCAAGAAGACUGUGCCUGCAUCGAUACGCCCGGAUAUGUGGACGCCAUACUUCUCCAUACACUUUCCACCUACUGCCGCAGGAGCGUUAGAGGGCCUUUUUACUUUCCAGAAACUCCGCGAGCUGUCGACGCAAAGACAACUAUCACCGCCUGAAGACUUGAUCAAAGCUACACAAGAGGACAUAGAUGUCGUGAAAUCGAAGCUAGGAUCUCCUGUGACUCUUCAGGAGAUGGCCGUUCGUGAUGGGCUCGUUGGGAAGAUCCCCAAGCUUGACGAAAUCCUGCCGAAGAAGUUACGGGCACGAAGAUUGAUGGAUCAAAAAGCCACCAGUGUCGCCGACGCAGCAUUUGUGCUUGACUGGAUAUCCUCGGGGCCCAGUCCUUGGGAGAAAGUGACGAUGGUGGAAACAAACCGGCUGAUAAACGCCUCGAAAAUGACAAAUCGAGCACGGAGGCGCAUCAACAAGAUACGGAAGGAGCUGGAAAGAAAAGCCGCAGAGAUUCGAAAACGGGCGGCACUGGCUCUCCAGGAUCUGCCCGCACACGAGCGGGCACUCCUGCCUCUCACGCGCAACACGGUCCAGCACCUCAGUAUGGAGCACCACGGCAUAGUCCGCGGACGUAGACUUGACGUUGUGGAAGGCGAAAACUCCAAUGAUCUGAAGGGGCCGAAGGAAUACGAUUCCGAACAGUUACGGGAAGAACUGAAACAGCAGAAUUUUGAUGUCUUCAGGCAACGCCAACAGGUCGCGAAAGCAGCGGAGCAGGAAGCUAUGAAAGAAUGGUUCAGUCGUAACGACGUCCCGGUCACCGAGGUCGGCUCGGUCUGGGAACAAGUUUCCGCCGCUAGAGAAUCAGCUCUCAAGGCAUUUGACGCCCAAGAAAGGUCCGACGGACAAGCUAUGGAGAGUCAGACACCGACGUCGAAAGAACCGCAAGCGAGUACAGGCGCGAACCAGUCACACGGCACCAUCUCGAAACCCGAGUGGGCCAGCAAACCGCGUGAAAUCAAGAUGUACUGGGCGGACUUGAAUGACGGACUCUUCGCAACUUCCUGGCCACGAAAUGUCGUCCACGGCGCCCUGGCACCUUUUGGCCUAGCGAAAGCUUGGAAGACGAAACUCGGACUUGAUGACGAGGGCGAAUUCCCGAGGGGAGAGCCGCAGCAACAAUACCAGGCUGUUGUGUCCAAGAGCGUGCAUGUUAUGGGCAGCGGAGUAAGUGAUGGGUGGAUGCCCCAGGAGAUGGCCAACGGACAUACGCAACCGCCAUUGUGGGAACAACCGCUGUCGACAGAGAACGGGGAAGAGACAGCGGGGUACCCGACUGAGCAGGCGGAGAUGCAGGAGUUCGGAGCUGGCUCGCCUGAAGACAAAGUCGUAUACAGGUCACCGGCGGAGCAGUAUGAAGAUGUGGUGGUUGAGACUAGGCCGAGGGGUUUGUGGGGACGGGUCAAAGGGCUUCUUGGUCGAUGA